AUGUUGGAAUGUCUAACGAGGAGGAGAAGGCCCUCAAAGCUGGCGGAGCAUGAAGACAGCGCUCCCGUGACAAACCACGGCAUGAGCCACACUGAAGGUGAUGCUCCGGGCCAUCACCACCACCCCCCGCCCCUGCCCACCACCUCCAAGUGCAAAACCCACCUGCCUUCAACAUUUGCUCCUGUUAGAAGGAAGAAAAUCUCUGAGGAGAUCACACGGUACAACUGCAGGUUUCUGGGGGCCGAAAGUGAGAUAACACAGAUGAAGCACGCGGAGCCACGCAUGCACACCACAAGUGUGCCGUGCGUGUUAUCCGACGUGGAAGUGGCAGCUUGUGAUUUUAAUACUAAAGGAUGCCGAGAGCGCAGAGAGAAAGAGCUCGCCACACUGCGUCCAGCUUUCCAUGAUGCUGGAGCAGUUAUUUCGGAAGCAGCUGCCCUGGCUCCGUCUCUGAUUAAAGAUGACAAGUGUUAUCUUGUCACCUUUGCUCCUCUAGGGAGACUCAUUUCCUCCGUGAAUAUUCUUGCCCUGGGCAGCUGGCACCUGCAUCUCUCACUGGAGGAGGUGCAGGAGGCCCUCCUUGGUCACAUCAACGCCUCAGCCUGCAGCCCCGGCUGCAUCUGCCUGACCAUUUUUUGUUCCUGCAGCCAGCCUGCGUGGGGCCGGGGAAGCGGGUACCUGCUAAUCAGACACUUCCCAAGGGGCCGUGCAGGCGACCAUGAUGGAGAUGAGAAGGGAGGGGCAGCCCUGGGGCUGCAGCGGUGA